GGGAAUAACGUUAAUGAAGGACAAGAGUUAAUUGACCUUUGGGAUCAAGCACAUUACUGCAUCGCAGAAAAGGAAAAAAAUAGGACUCUGACAUCGUUGGAGAAAUUCCGAAUAAGACAGAAGAAUUUACCACCAGAAAGCAUUUGUCCUUUGGGAAAGAGAAGAAAGAUUUCACAUUCGAAAAAAGCUGUACAAAUCCUAAACAGUUGGUUUGAAGACAAUUCUCACUAUCCAUACCCAAGUAGGGCAAUCGUGGAAGAUUUGUGCAAGAGAUGUGGGCUCUCRGACAAACAGAUAAAAACGUGGUUUGCAAAUGCGAGAAGAAAGCUGAAGGAUCCUGGUUUAAAACAAGUAGAAAGAAACAUCGACAGCAGUUAUAUCGAUGCUUUAGACAGUCACAGUACUCCAAAAGAUCUCCAAAAAAUUCAUCAUCCUGACUUUUCUAAUACCACAAGCCAACCACGUUGUUUGGAAGAUCAAGUGCUACGUAAUGUAAUGUCGAGUAGAGGCAACUUUGAAGCACCUGUUGGUCCGUUUUUCCAUGAGCUUGCAGAGCCCCGUGUAAACAUUAUCCCACCCUUAAAACUACCACACGGAAUGAAUAGUGGAAGACCCAGUGUGAUUCUGUCGUGGUUUCGAGAAGGUUUAUACUCAAGCCCACCAUCGAUAUCUCCAAGAUAUUUCCACGACAACAGCUAUAACUUGAAUACGCCAUUACAAGGUGAAAACCUAUGUCCACAUUGGGCCAUUCCAGGACCCGGUUGUACGAAGGAUGAAUAG